AUGCCGAUAGACAUACCGGAAAAAAAGUUUGAGUUAGCAAGAAAUACCUUGCUCGAGCAGGAUAUCAUAAAAGUGAAUAUAACGGAAGAGGAUACAGCUGAAAAGAAAUUAAUAGAAGAAGAUACAAAGUCAAAAAAAAUUGUAGUUUUAAGCGGUGUAUCACUUGAAAACUUCUGCAAGUUACGUGCAGAAGCGAGAAAGUUUAAAAUUUACAUCCGUUUAGUUAAAGGUGAAAUAAUCGUGUACGAAACACCCAGUCCUGUUCACUCAUUCACAACAGGAUAUUUGAGUAAUUUAAUAGGAGCUUGGAGCAACUAUCUUGAUGUUGGUGGCGAACUAGAUAUGACUAUUAGUCAUGAUACUGAGUAUAUUUCUGACAUCGUAAUUGAACCAAUACAACCUCUACAACCUGGACAACAACAGCUUGGACCUGCACCACCUGGAAGCGUACCGAUGCCAAGAAUGAUUAUAGAAGUGGGGAGAUAUGAGUCUAUUGGAAGUUUGCAUUCUUUGGCAAAAGAAUAUUUUUCCAAUUCUACGCAAACCAAUUUAAUACAAGUUUAUUUAUUAAUUAAAAUAUUCCCUCGUCAGUCAGCUGGUACCGCUGCGAUGGUUGCGAUGAUUUAUUUACGUGAUAAUCAGAUUCCUGGACAAAACCGACCAAACGCAUCCAUGAUAACAGUACAAAACACACAACCAAACCUCGUAAUUUCAUUUGGAACAGCACCUCUUCAUCAAGAAUCAAUAGAUAUCAUUAAUAGUACCGGAAUACAAAAUUAUAGAUUCAUUGGCUUCCUUCAGCCUGAAGAUAUUGCUUGUACGAAUGCCGGAAUGCCGAAUUACCAAAUUGAUAUACCGUCAAAUUUACUUUUCAAUGGUUUUCCUGGAGGUGUACCUCAGGGAACACCAAAUAAUUUAAACAUAGAUCUAUGGGAGGUUCAGCAACGAAUUCUGCGUCGUCUGGUGAGUGCAUAG